AAGAGAAAGAUCCCCGCAAUUUUCGAAUUUCGAUUUUCCCCGUAGGCCCCCAGACGUCCAUAAAUGCUUUCGUUUUGGAGACAUUAGCAAUUUCUCAGGUGCAACAAAUUCAAUCGAUGUAUUAAAUGCCGCAAUGUAUCAAAAAUCGCAUGUGAUAUAAGUUGGAUAUAAGUGUGCUUUGUAGACUCCUUCAACUUGAAAUAAUACAUUCACUUCCUCGGCAAAAGCAUGCAAAUAAGAUUGAAAUAUAAUUAUAUUGUACAUAUUUCAUAUUUUGGGCAGAAAAUGUAAAUAAUAUUUAACACUAUAGUAAAUUGUCCGAUCGUUUAAUAACUGCGUUAUACAACACGAAUGUAGUCAUUUUAUAAUCUGUGGCCCCUCUGAGUCGCCAUUGCGAACUUCUUACCUGCAGCUAACUUCAUAAUAUUGUUCGAUCAUCGGUCAAGCGGUUGAAUAUUUCGUAAUUAGACAAUAUUUUUAAAGCUGUGCCAAUAAUUACUACUAUUUAGUGUUCGUUUAUCAAUAAUAUUUAGUAGAAAGGCGUUUAUUCGAUAGGAUAUAUUUGCGAACGUGCAUAUGCUUUGUUGUGAGAACCACCUUUAUCUGCUGUCAUUUUGAGCUAUGCAACACAAUUUUUUCGACUUUUCGAUAAUGAAAUAUAACUUAGCGGUGGAAUAGUGCAUCUCGGAUAAAACAAACGGGCAGUGGAUUCCAAAGGUCGUGUACUCGUCGAGGGUUCGCGAUGUGGCAUCAGUGGGUGGUGUGAUCUGGAGAAUGUGCGGUGGCGUUUAGUGCGUGAAGACGUGAGAAAGGGUGUCAGUAUGGAGGUAGUGGUGAAGGACGAGGAGCGCUUGCGGCGGCUCCGCGCGCUGGAGGAGCGGCUGUGCGACCCGCGGUCGCCGGGCAACGUGGACUCGUUGCUGGACACGGUCGCGGCGCUGGUCUCCGACUGCGAUCACCCGGCCAUACGCCGCAUGAAGAACGUCGAGGCCUACACUAGCAGAUAUGAAGAGUUUGCAUCUGAAAUUAUUGAUCUUCGUAUGAAGGCAGCAGAUUUUGACCUGAUAAAAGUGAUAGGUCGGGGAGCAUUUGGGGAAGUGCAACUAGUCAGACACAAGUCCACACGUCAAGUAUAUGCCAUGAAGCUGCUGAGCAAAGUAGAGAUGAUCAAAAGGUCAGACUCUACCUUCUUUUGGGAGGAGAGACACAUAAUGGCACACGCUAACUCUGAAUGGAUUCUCAAAUUACAUUUUGCCUUCCAAGACCACAAGUAUCUUUACAUGGUAAUGGAUUACAUGCCUGGCGGUGAUCUUGUCAGUCUCAUGUCUAAUUAUGAUAUACCUGAAAAGUGGGCCAAGUUUUAUACAAUGGAAAUAGUGCUGGCAUUAGAUGUAAUCCAUAAUAUGGGGUUUGUUCAUCGAGAUGUUAAGCCAGAUAACAUGCUAAUUGAUAAGUAUGGCCACUUGAAGUUAGCAGAUUUUGGCACCUGCAUGAGAAUGGGCCCUGACGGGCUGGUGAGGGCUAGCAAUGCUGUGGGGACUCCAGAUUAUAUUUCUCCUGAGGUCUUACAGUCCCAAAACGGAGAAGGAGUGUAUGGCCGUGAAUGUGAUUGGUGGGCUGUGGGUAUAUUUUUGUAUGAAAUGUUAAUUGGCGAUCCACCCUUUUAUGCUGAGAGCUUAGUAGGAACUUAUGGAAAAAUUAUGGAUCACAGGAACUCUUUACAGUUUCCUGAUGAUGUAGAAAUAUCCAAAGAGGCCAAGUCUCUUAUAAGAGGGCUGCUUACAGACAGAGUUAGAAGAUUAGGUAAGAAUAGUGUUGACGAAAUCAAGCAACACCCAUUCUUUUACAAUGAACAGUGGAGUUUCGAUAAUCUCAGAGACUCUGUGCCACCUGUAGUCCCUGAGCUGUCCAGUGAUGAUGACACUAAAAAUUUUGAUGAAAUUGAGAAAUCUGAUGCAUUAGAUGAAUCUUUUCCAGUGCCAAAAGCAUUUGUUGGCAACCAUUUACCCUUUGUGGGCUUCACUUACAAUGGGGAUUACCAACUGUGUGGUCGUAGGAACCAGCACACAGAUGUUGUAGACACAAUCUCAACCAACCAUAUCAACAAUGUUGGUUCUGAAGCAAUUUUGCAGCUAGAAAAACUUUUAGAGAGAGAGAGGGAUGGCAGACGUAAACUUGAGGAUAGACAAGUGAGCCUUUGCGCUCAGUUGGAAGAACUGUCUCAGAGAGAAUCUCGAAGUAAAAAAUUAAUAGCAGACACUGACAAAGAGUUGGCAUUACUUCGUCAUGACCUUAAGGAAAUUCAGCGCAAGGCAGAAAUUGAAUCAGAGUCAAGAAGAAAAGCAGAAAUGAACUACAGUGAAGCAAAAAGACGGCUUGAGGAAGAACAGAACAAGCGAGCAAAAGAAAUGAGUAACCUACAAAAUUACAAUGAUAAAAUCAACACCCUAGAAAAGCAGUUAACGGAAUUACGCGAGAAACUAAAGCAGGAGUCGGAGGCGGCGGCUAAAGCGCGGAAACAGGCAGCAGAGAUGACGGCCGCGCAGGCUGCCGCCGCCGCCGUCAGCGACGGGACAACUGCGCGUCUACGCGCGCAGCGGGACUCGCUCGAGCGCGAGCGGGCGACGUUAGCCGACGAGUUAGCCGCCGCGAAGGCCGGCAAGCAGCGCGCCGAGGCCGCCGUGGCCGAGGCGGGCGGCCGCCUCAGCGCUGCGCAUGCCGAACUCGAGCGCUCGGCCGCGCGCCUGGGACAGGUGGCCAACGACAACCGCCAGCUGACGGAGCGCGUGUCGCAGCUCGAGAAGGAGUGCGCGUCGCUGGCGCACGAGCGCUCCGCCGCGCACCACCUGUACCAGCAAGAGCUCCGCGCCCACCAGGACACGCAGCGCUCGCAGCUGCUUUCCAAGCAGGAAGCCAACCUCGAGCUAGUCAAAGCGCUACAAGCUAAGCUGAACGAAGAGAAGGCGGGGCGGCAGCGCGCCGAAGCCACGUGCCAGGAGAAGGACCGCCAGAUGUCCAUGCUCAACGUCGACUACCGCCAGAUGCAGCAGCGCCUGCAGAAGCUGGAGGGCGAGCAUCGUCAGGAAAGCGAAAAGGUGGUGGGUCUGCAAGCGGCGCUAGAGCAGGAGCGCGCCGCGCGCUGCGCCGGGGCGGGCGAGACGGCCGCGGCCGAGGCCGCCGCGCGCGCCGCCGCCGCCGAGCGCGACGCGCGCACCAGGGACCUGCACAGCGUGCGCCAGGCCCUGCACACCGCCUCGGAGAAGCUGGCCGCUGCGAGCGCUGAACGAGACAUGUACUACACGAGGAGCGAGGAGCUGCGGUCGCAGCUGGAGAACGAGCAACACUUCAGCCACGUGUAUCGCGCGCAGGUCAGCGAGGUGCGCGCGCAGCUCGACGAGAGCACGCGCGCCGCGCGGGACCUCGAGCAGGAGCGCUCCAGCCUUAUGCACCAGUUGCAGCUGGCCAUAGCGCGCGCCGACUCCGAGGCCAUCGCCAGAUCGAUAGCAGAGGAGACAGUCGGCGAGCUCGAAAAGGAAAAGACCAUGAAAGAGCUGGAGAUGCGCGACGCUCUAGCAUCGCACCGCAGCGAGUUGGCCGCCCGAGACUCCCUCGUGCAAGGACUGCGCGACCGCGAGCAUGAGAACCGCGCCACCAUCGAUCUGCAACGGAAGGAGGUAGACGAGUUGCGGCGCAGCGGCACGGCGCUGGCAGAGCGCGUGGCGAGCUUGCAGCGGGUACAAGAGGAGGUGGAGCGGCUCAACAAGAAGCUCAACUCGGAGAUCAUGCUCAAGCAGCAGGCCGUCAACAAGCUGGCCGAGAUCAUGAACAGGAAAGAUAUGAACCCGGCCGUGACAAAGAACAAGAGCAAGAUGUCAGUGCGCAAGGACAAAGACUACCGCAAGCUGCAACAAGAGCUCACCCGCGAGAAGGACAAGUUCGACCAGCAGGUCGCCAAGAUGCAGCGCGACCUGCAGGACACGCAGCAGCAACUGCUAGAGGAGCAGCAGACCCGGCUGAAGCUCGCUAUGGAGGUUGACAGCAAAGAUGUAGAAAUCGAGCAGCUAAAGGAGAAACUCGCCGCGCUAACUAGCGAAACCGCAUCCCAGUCCUCCGCCGACGCAGAGGACGGCGAGACCGAACAGACCCUCGAGGGCUGGCUGUCCGUGCCCAUCAAACAGAACAUUAGGCGCCACGGUUGGCGCAAGCAAUAUGUGGUGGUGUCAUCGAAGAAGAUCAUCUUCUAUAACUCCGAGAGUGAUAAGCAGAAUACUACGGAUCCUGUUAUGAUCUUGGAUUUGAGCAAAGUGUUCCACGUUCGGUCAGUGACGCAGGGCGACGUGAUCCGCGCAGACGCCAAAGACAUCCCGCGGAUAUUCCAGCUGCUGUACGCCGGCGAGGGCGAGGCGCGGCGGCCGCAGGACGCGCUCGACCAGCCGCAGGACCAGACCGACCAGCAUGGUAACACGGUGCAGCACAAGGGGCACGACCUGGUCAGCAUCACGUACCACAUCCCGACGGCGUGCGAGGUGUGCACGCGCCCGCUGUGGCACAUGUUCCGUCCGCCGCAGGCCUACGAGUGCCGCCGAUGCCGCAUGAAGAUCCACGCGGAGCACGUGUCGGAGGCGGAGUCGGUGGCGGCCUGCAAGCUGCACGCCGACCGCGCCAGGGAGCUGCUGCUGCUGGCGGCCGGCGCGCCCGAGCAGCGCCGCUGGGUGGCGCGCCUGGCGCGGCGCGUGCAGCGCUACGGCUACCGCGCCGCGCACACCAACCACGACCACACCAAGCUGUCGCCCAGAGACUCGAUGCGCUCCAACCUGAAGCUCUCGUACAUGAACGCGAGCCAGCGCAGCUCCACGCUGCCCGCCAACGCGUCGCUGCCGCGCCAGUAGCGCCGCCUGUACUCGCGAACGUACACUAACGAUGGAAACAUGUGUGAAUCCCACUUUCGUUCGUCACCCAUCGGUUUGUACUAACACAUUAUAUUUUCGUAGACAUCAUUUGUUUUGAAUGUGAUCGGUUUCGUCCGCUCAACGGCGUUAUAUUUUGUUACGAUAUUUUUCGAUGAAUCUAUUGAAAACUGUUUUUGUAACUUAUUCAGUGAUUUAUAAAAUAAGCUAGUCUCAUGUAAUAAGUUCAAAUUGCGCCUAAGUUAAAGGAUUCAGCUUGACCGCUGUGAUAGUUUUUGAUAAUUUACAAGUGAGUACUUACGUGUGACACGCGUUUGGAUCGACCGAACGUCGCAGGAACUCAAUUCACGCCUUCACAUUUGCGAAAUUUUCGUACAGAAUAUGUCAAUUAAGAUAAUUUCUAUUCGCACCUUUAUGCCAGUUGCGCCUUGUUGAGGUAGUACCUGCAAUAAUAUCUUACACGACAAACCGCGCAAACGGCACAUUUAUCUCGAAUGCAUACAUAUAUACGAAUAGCGUCAAUUGGGUGCCUGGCGUGAAUAUUAUACCGCAGCAUGCAUUGUUUAUAAAAUAGCUCACACGCAGACUAUAUUAAUUUUAGGGUGUUUAUUACAACACAAUACGUAGACUCUCAGGGUAUCUUCUUGCAUCCUCGUCCAUCCAGUAAUGAUUACUCGAUAGUUUUGUACACGCGCCUUCAUCUAGCAAUAUCAAGGCAACGAUCAUAAAGUUGCAAUUUAAAAAUGAAUUUGGCUAUAAACUGGGCUAGAUAUAAUUAUGAUAAUUCAUGUUAUUAUCAGUAAAAGUACAAGUAACUAAAAGUUCCACAUUUAUGCUCCCUGUGUUAUCAGAACACGUGGGCAUGUUUUUUUUCUGGGACCUGAAAUUCUUUGUAUGAUCUGCUUUGCAAUUCCAUACUAAACAAGUACCUUAUUCGUUUACCACUGAUUAAAAGUUCAUACAAUAAUCCCUAUGUUACAUUACUUGGACAUAGUAUAUUUCUCUUUAUUUUUGUAACGCCUAUAACCAGAUUUGCAUUUUAUUAUAUUUAGAUAUUUUAUUGUUAUAUUUUGUGUUAAAAUUCUUUGUGUUUUAGUUGUUCAUAACCAACUUAUAAUUCGUUAUCACUGUAUUGUAGAAAAGGUUCCAGAAUUUCGUAAAUAAUAUUUUUAAAUUUGAUACUAAUACUAUCAUGUAAAAAACCUGUACGGCCUACAGUGGCUUGUAUUAAAAAUAAUGGCCGAGUAAGGCCAUUAACGUUCCAAUUAAAUGUUAUCGGCAGGUCUCGGACAAAUCAUGCAGAUGACGCAAAAGUGACGUAAUUUUGCACACAGGUGAUGUUUGUAUUUAAACCACCGUGUGACAUGUCGCACUAACUAACAAAAUAAUCGGUGACAGAGUGAUGUCUUGAAUAAAAUAAUCUCAAGAAACUUGUUACUGUAAGCAAAGAGGUAUAACCAAACUUAGAGUGCUCACUCCAUGGGCGUUUCUCACAGCAUUUCAACCGCUGACAGUCCCCUGCCCACAUUUAUGAUGAAAUUCUAAAAGAUCGGUGGGUCAGUUUUGUUUAUUUUAAAUAAGAAAGGUACUAGUUUACGGUAACCAAAAAUAGUAUACCAACCUUGGGGAACUUCGACAUAAACAGGAGACUGUCAGCGGUUGAAACGCUCUGAGAAACAUCCGCGGAUACAUUUAAAACGAGCAUAUUAAACAACAAGUAAUCUCAAAAUGUAUGGAGAUUAUUAAUAAGUUUUAGUAAAACUUGAUAUUUGCAAGUUUUUACCUCACUUACAAUGUGAGCUGACUGACAGCGGUUGAAACGCUCUGAGAAACACCUAUGAAAAAUAAAAAUACUAUUUGAAAUCACCUAUAAGUGGCUUGACGUCACCGGCAUGAUUUGUUUCAGCCCUGGUUAUCGGUAUAACGACGGAAUUGUGACUGAGUAGGGUCUUAUAACUUGGUGAUAAUCUGAUUCUAAACCCAAUUUUGUAUGUCGUAUUGCCCUUUUAAAUCACUAAUUAAUCAAUAAGAAAUAGCGGUAAUGACUAAAUGCAAUUAUAAUGUCAUCUAUUCUGGUGUUAAGUGUUAAAACUGGCGUAUGUUUCUUUAAGGGAAACAUCGUUACAACAUCGGCCGUUUAAAAACCUAGUUUUUUUAUAAUGACUUAGGGAAUCACUCUAUUGUACUAAUAACUGCACUGGUUACUAAACUAUUCACAUCUGCACUCGUUGCGUUCUUCCAUCUUGUACAGAUAGGAGUAUUACGAGUGAUGUGAGCACUCUUGACGGGACCUAACGUGUUAGAGUAAGCAAGGUGCCGCCGCACUUGCGACUUAACGAAAUCAGUGCCAUAAGUGAUUUGUUUAGUGAAACGGCUCCGGUAGUUGCUCAAAACCAUUUUCCACUAAAUCCAGCAAGUUACUUAAUUAUAUAAGACUCCCAUUCGGGCUUCCUUGAAUCAUACGAUCAUUUUAUACUGUUUAGACUAGUGUAAUGCGCUUAUUGUAUCGGUAUUAUAAUGGCGUUUUGUAGGUUAUGCGAACUAUACUAUCUAAAUGCCUAAUUCUUUGUCUAACGAUAAUCUUUGGCGGGACACUGAUAUUUAUGUGAUUCAAAGCAAUAAAAACAAUUGGUUGUCGCACAUAGUAUCGACUUAUAUAGUCUAAUUCGGAGUAUAUGGGUGCCAAAUGUAGGAUUUGGUGAAUUACCUAUUAAUGGUACAAAAAUUGUAAUUACUUCUGAUUGGUAAAUGCCGCGAGACGGCGUCAAUCGAGGGGUUAUUACGAUGCCAAGUCAAUACUUAUAAACACCAAUUUUAAUACGCCUUCGUAGGUUUAUAUAACAUUUUCUACAGAUGUGAUUUUAAAGUACAAAAGUGUCGAGAGUACAUGCUUGUUCAUUGUACUGACCUUGCCAGAAGUCAAGUGGUAAUGCGGUAUUACUCUUGGCGGCUCGCUCAAUUGUUUAAGGCUAUGCAGACGGAAUGCAUUCCAGCUGCAUCUUAUGCAUAUAGAAACUGUAUGUUGACAACGCAGCCGGCGUAAUACAACUUGCAGUAUAGUGUUUCGUUUUUGUUUUUGGUCAAUCCAAUAGUUAGUGUAAGGCCUGAGUGGACGCUCGAGUUGGGCGUGCAGCGGGCGGGGCAUGUGGCGUACAUGUUAAACAAAUGCAAACGUAUAGGAGCGGCCUUAGUGCACGCUGUUCAAAUCACUUGUGAGCCCGACGCCACGCUGCACGCCCCGCCGAACGCUCCGCUUCGAGCGUCCACUCAGGCCUUAAUGGACCUGAAAUCUUUGUUCAUAGAGAUCGAGUCGAGAUAAUUCUAACGACUAUUUAGUACUGUACUGUGUUUUGCGGUAAACUGAACAAUUGCUUUCUAUUUCUUAAGUACGCUGCGAAUUGGAUUGGCCAAAAACAAAAACGAAACAAUAGAAUGCUAUCCGUCUGUGCGAGUCUCUUCGAACGCCAUACCGCGCUGGUUGAGCUGUGAUAGUGAAGACGUGUCUACGAACACCGUGGUGCUACAGGAAGCAGGCCUCCGACGCAUUGUUGUUACUAGUGGUUCUUGUUGAAUAGAUGCACUGUUUAUUAUUGCUCUACACACUGUUUACAUUCCUCCGACGAAAGCUAUGUUGAGUUUUGUUUAUCUUAGUUUUAUAUUGACUCAAGUUCAACUCUCUCGCUUGUCCAGUUAUCGCUUUUAUAUUUUUUUUAGAUGUAAGUCCGAAACAAUCUCUGUUCAUUUAUGUACUGACAUACGAAUUUCAAAUUUAACUAGGUACUUAAGUGUUUGAUAGAUUGCAAUCACCGUAGUUAUACGCUUAUUUUUGAGAUGCAUUUUUAAAUAUAUAUAAUUAGGCAGCUGUUGCAUUGUGUUACUCCAUUCCAUGAUAUUUUAUUUUUCGAGCGUUUGGAAAUGGUUCGUUUGCCAAAGAAAAAUUGAAAAUCAGCAUAAACAAAAUUAUUUCACGUCUUAUUUUAAUAGUCCGCGUUUCGUUUCCGUGCUUGUCAUUAAUAUUAAUUCAGUAUGAUAAUAAUUAUUGUUAUUUACUAUGCAUAAUUAUAAACCUGAUGUUAUUACACGACAUUUUUCGGGAGUAUUUUUUUAAGUAAUCGUAGCCUUGUCCUUUAUACACGUUUGUAUGUUAAGAAAUACUCCCAAAUUGUCUGACGUAUAACACUCUAAUAGUGGACAAUGUAAAAUCAUAUUAUGUAAAUUAUUUAUUAUUAUUCAAUUACAUCUCUUAUUGUAACGUUUUAUUUAUCGAGCUAAAAUUGUAAGUUCCUAACUAGCUAGCUUCUCAUUUGUAAAGAAUACUUCUCAGUUAGCUUGUCGCUGAUAGUUGGUUCGGCUUAACAGUUUAUCGCGUAGGUGUAGCGUUAUUACUCUAAUACAUUAUGAAUCUAUUACUUUAUAAAAUGAUUUCGGAAUUGAGUAUGCGCCCGUGCGCGGGCUGAGCGAAUAAUUAUUAUUAUAUAUGCCUACGUAAUACGUGUCAUGCAAUAUACUAAUACCACGUGCCUUAGCUACGGCCCACUCCCAUAUCAUCUAGGCAAACUAUGUUAAAUCUAUCAACAGUUAUUAUAAUGUACAUAUGUUUUAAAAUAAACCGAUAUUUUAUGGAUUUUUAAGGAAUUUGUAUAUUGUAAAGAUUAUUAAUUAAUUUUAUCAUAAAAUUAAUGCCUAGCUAAUAAGUGCUACAUUUGUGAAAAAUAAAUAACAUUUAAAAACUCA